UUGGUACUAAACUUACGUACUUCUAAAUACUUUUUCUGCAGCAAUGUGCGUUAUAUAAUUAAUAAUUUGCUUUACAGGUGUUUUUUUUCAUAUGGUUACUCGUAAAAGUUUUUCGAAGCGUAUGUUGCACGAGUAUUUUUGUACUUAAGCUUGGAAAUAGAGUAAUGUCCGCAGGCAUGUAUCUCAUUUUGUAUCUCUUUACAAUUGUUAAUAUUUAUUAGUCUAAAAGCAUCGCUUAUUAGCUUAUUCCUUAAUUAUUAACAACUUGCUGAUGUUGUUUCGUUAAUAAGAGUAAAUAAUGCUGCGUUCUAAAAUCCUUCUGCGUGUUAUUUUAGACAUGAAUGAUCUCUGCCAGCGUGUGGUUUAUAAAACAAAUAUUUCAGGUUCUAUGUUUAUGCUUAACACAUCUGAGUAAUACAUAUCUCCCACCCCCGGGAUAUAGGAGCAAGAUGUAAUCAACUGAAUCAAUUGUAAUGGACGUUUAUUUUCUUUAAAUAUAUUUAUAAAACACAUUCUGUGCUACUUCAUCCAAACCUUCUAUUAAAGAAAUUCGAAAUAUUUUGAGACACACUUUCCCUGUAGACGUAACAUGCUGUUUCAGUUUGUCACGCAACAUCCAUAAUAAAUCUUUUCGUCUUCUUUUACGUUCUCAAAACAGCAGAUGAAUAGUGAGAGGGACAAACGAGGGCCAAAUGCUUCUGAUGUCUGUGUCUUUUUUUAUUCUUAAUUGCCCGAGAACAGUGAAAAAUCCGUGAAAAGCAACUCGUGUGGAUAGGGAGAGGGCAGGUGCUCUGGCAGAAAUUUAUGUCGACGUUUUUACGACAAGGUUAACAUGACAAUCGCUGAAUGCAUUACAUCUAACUGGGAACCGUUUGGAAAUUCAAAGCAGGAUAGCCGAGCUGUUGGGAGUGAACUCAUUUUCUUUGCUUCAAAUUCAUAAUUGCGAGAUGCUUUUCGUGAAACUCCCAAGGAACGACAUCGCUAAAAGUAUUAAUAAUAAACAUAAAAAAUGCUAUUAUGUUAUGUAGGUCGCCUUGGAUAAUGAAAUAAUAAAAGCAAUAAAAAGCACCCCUUGGCUGUUCUUUACCAGCUACACAUACUAUUAAAUAAUAGUUCUCUGGAUCAACAAAAAUUAAAAGUGAGUGAUGGAUAUUGCAAUUUCACGACGAUAUUCCAAUUAGUAAGAGACUCAAUUACUCAAUUACUCAGACUGAGUAAUUGAGACUCAGACUCAGUCAGUUACUCAAUUGCAACGCGAGUGCUUCGUAUUAAAAAUACAACAAAAUGGAAACUGUAGUUGGAGGAGUGCAGCUGGGCCAGAAAUGAUCACCUGAAUCAUUUGUGCCAAAGGGCAGCAGGUGCUUCGACUAAAACCGUCUAUUAUCGAGUCAUAAUAACUAAAUGGUAUUGUCAUGUACAGUACGUUGGCUUUCAGUGAAAGCUUCGAUGUACACUGUUUAGUGUGGUCAGCAACAAAAACAAGUAAACAUUGACUAACGGUACAGAAUCUAACACUUCUAAGCAAAUGAUGGAUGGGCAAGUAAUAUACAGCGAGCAGUCUGAUAAGAUGUUGUUCAAAAGGAAAAUUAAGAAAACUACGUCAUACUUUCAGAUUUCUUCGCCAUUACAAACCAUGCAAAUGUACUGCGAGAUUGUGUGGAUAAAUUCAUAUGUAUGUUUCAAGUCCAUCACAGCCUUUAAGUAAUGGGCACAUAGACUUGGGCAGCUACCAUCCGCCUAGACCGAAGCACUCUCGCCGCCGUGCUGAAUGACAUCUUGAAAUAAUUAAAAGUGCGCAGGAGAUUUAAACCCGGCCUCUCCCGGGACGUCAGCAAACACAUGUUGAGUUUUUAUUUUGAUCCGCUCUUUCUGGAGCAGUGGAGGAGUGCGUGCGCGAACGAGGGGUGUGCAGAGCGCAGGAGCGCUUUUUGUAGUAGAGGGUCUCUAGUCCAAAGUGGUGUGGUAACAGUCCACAGAACAUGGGAGGCUAUAGCAUCUCACUUCUUCACUCGACCGGAUUUGUUCUUUAAUAGAUGAACAUUUAUCAAAUUUAACUUUGCCAAACUCACCAACAUGGAUAAACAAGAUACUUGUGAUCCCUACAGUCGGCCAGCCCGGAGAACCCAGUGGAUUGUCAGUACUUUAUCUUAUCAUUAUGGAUUAGACCGCGGGGUGGAAAACGAAAUAAUAGUUUUGGCCACCGGUUUGGAUCAAUAUUUGCAAGAGAUCUUUCACCAUCUGGACUGUCAAGGAGAAGGGAAGAUCCCCGCUGAAGAUUUUAAAAUACUCUGUGAAGUUUUGGGUCUGGAUAACGAAACUGAUCAGGAGGAAUGUGCCGGCAUGCUGGAGAAUAUCCCCAAAGAGUUUACCUUCAGGCAAUUCCACGCUAAACUCUGUGGCUAUUUCAGCACAAAAGCUGGGUGCCAGUACGAAAACGGGAGACUGCUUGUGGGGAAAGAAAGCGAGCAUAUCGAAACUCAGAUACGGCUGAGAAGCCCUCUGAGGCGCAGAGAAAAUACGCUGUCCGUCAGCGGUAAACGGAGAGGGAGUAGGGGGUCUUCUCCGUCUCCAGAUCAACAUGCAGCAAACUGCAGACAGCUGGGCUCUUGCAGCCGGGAAUGUUACGAGGAGAUCGUGGCACUGGAAGAGGCUGAAGAUAGGAUUGUAAAACUUGAAGAUGAGAAUACCAGUCUGAGAGAGCUAGUGGAAGACAUGCGGGCGGCGCUUCAGAGCAGCGAUGCCCGUUCGUUGGCACUACAGGUAGGGUUGUGGAAGAGCCACUCGAAACACAAGGCUGAAGGGGGCUGCUUCAUAGCCAACAGGAGGCUCUCAUCCCAAAACAACAGCACCCAAAGCCACCUGAGGAACCUGCAGGGUUUCUUCCGAGAGAUAGAGCUGAUCCGCAGCGCCAGAGACAGCCAGGUAGAGGAGGCCAUGAGGUACAACCAGGAGCUGGCGAAGGAGCUGAGGAGGUCUCAGGAGGCCCUGCUCACCUUGGAAGACUGCAACAGAACCCUGAAGCACGAGCAGGCGGAGAUGAGGAAGAAGGUGGAAGACGCAAGGCAGGCAGUGCUCAGCAGCCUGGGAAAAGUCAAGGAGCUAGAAGCCAAAGCAAAUCACAUGCCUCUGCUCCAGAGACACAUCCUGCAGCUGGAGUCCGAACUCAUCUAUUACAGGUCAGAGGUAUCAAAGCUUCAGAUACUGCCUAGCAGCCCCCAGGAGCAGAGGCACAGUGCUGCCGCCCUGCAGGCCAGUAGGUGCUACAUCAACACACAGUCAGACCGCAGGUCUCCUACUGGCCACGCAGAACCACCACCUGAUAACACGGAGGAACAGCUGUUUCGGUCAGUCGAGGGCCAGGCGGCCUCGGAUGAGGAGGAAGAGAAGUGGACGGGGGAGCAGCAGAGCCAGGUGGAUGAGGUGAAGAGGAUUCUCACCAGACUAUCCUGCUGUGGGGACAGGUGUGAUGACAAAACUGUGAAAAAACUGCUGUCCCAUUUCGGUGGUUCGAAGAAUGAGGAAAGCAGGAGUGCGGUAGUGGAGCUUUUGGAAAAAGUCACCAAACUGACAAAACAGUUGGAGUUGAAGGAGAGUCAGGCCAAGAAAAUGGAGAUGGAUAUGGAGCAGAUGAAGGAGUCCCUGGUGAUGGAGUUGCAGCAGAAAGCUGAGGAGACGGAGCUGCUUCAGAUGGAACUGCAGAUGCUCGAGACGGAGAGAGUCCGCCUGUCGCUGGUCGAGGAGAAGCUCAUGGAUGUGCUGCAGCUCCUGCAGCAGCUCCGUGACCUGAAUGUGUCGAGGAGAUCUUUGGGGAAGAUCUUGCUGAGCACCUUGGAAUCAUGCAGUGACCCCCAACAUGGCAAAGCCCACAUUUUGGAGGUUCUUAAUGCUCUGUAUCAUGAAUUAGCAGCCUGUGAGCUGCUGUCCAGCACACCUCUAGAGGGAACAUCAAGUCACACUUCUCUAGCAAACCCUCUCCUCAUCUCAUGCUGACUUGGAGCGCCAUCUGGUGGUAGGCUGCUCCCCCUCCCUGCAGCACUUUCCAAAUUCGGUGAAUGCCUUCAACCAACAGAACAUCUUUGCAAAAAGCUAUAAAAAAAAAAUGCUGAGGCCUGAACUGUAACUUGAAAUGGCUAAAGAAGCAAUAAGCACCUUCUAACGUUUUCAGGAAUUUAAAUACAGCGUAAGCUAUGGUGGAUCGGGACUGUUAUGUUGCUUCGCAGUAAAUUAUGAGAUACUGUACAUGUCUUGCCUCAUUUUUCUUGCUUUUCACAUGAACAUUUGUAAUGAUAUUGACGGAAAAAAUGUUGUUGUAAUCCAGCUGGUGUCAAAGUGUUUUACAUUCCACCUACUGACACCUAGGGGCAUUUUUUAGAUUGUUUAUAUAGUACUUCAAUUAUCAUGCAAUAUUAUGUAAUCCAUUAUUUCUUUUCUGUGGUAAGAAUUACAGAUUGGAUAUGUUUAGAAAUCCCUUCUUUCAAUGAAGCUAUAACGCCCAUGCUGUGAACUUACAGUUACAUAUUUGUAACUACUAUCAUAUCUCCACUCUACAGUACGUAUUUCAGUUUUUAGAGCCAGAGGAACAAGUUCAAGUGAUGUUUUUAAUCACAUUCUGUAAAUACGUUUGUAUGCACCUUACCUAACUCAAGACAUUUAAUUCCCUGUCAACACCUGGUGCUUCAGAUGUCUCUGCAAAAAAAUUAAAAAUAGAAUAGUUUUUGUAAUAAAGUAAUAUUAAAUGUUUUUGGUUAGAAUAUGCAGUAUAAACACAUGUAAAAUCCCAAUAAGCUGCCACAACAUACACAAAAUGCAAUAGGUUGUUACUAAAUAUACCCCUUAAUACUUUAGAUAAUAGAUAAAAAUAGAUAUUUCUUUCUUAAAGGUUAUCUUUAGAGCUGAAGGCUGAUAUUAAAGACAUGCUAGUACUUGUACUUAAUAGAACUUCUUCUUGCAAUGACUAAAGUGUUGAUUGAACCAAAAAGUACCCCAAUACUAUACAAACCAUCCCUAAAGUUCAACUUGAGACUGAGAGAUCACAACUUUAAAUAAAGUAUUUUAUGGUGCUAUGUAAACAAAUUUAUUUUUUAGUUUUUACAUAUUUUCUGUAUUAUAAUAAUUCAUUUUUCCAAAGGCAGUUACUUAAAAAACAAUAACUAUUUAAAAAUACAAAUCCUUGUAUAAAUGAGAUAUUCAUUAUAGAGAUUUUAAAGUCCAGAUGUUUUUCAAUCACACAUUAUCAACUGAAGGUACUCUACCAUUACGCAGACCUUUCUAGUAAAUGAAAGUUUGUUAUGAGUCUAAAUACUCUCUUAAAUAAGAUUUUGAAGAGCUCUCAUAAGUCAAAAAGUCUGCACUCACUUUUAAGAGGGCUUAACUUUUAGACUAAAAAAAAAUUAUAUACAAGUUCAUGAAAUUGUACAUUUAAAUAUUAGAAUUUAAAUAACAAAAUGGUGUUCCAUUUCCAAUCAUUUCCAACAACAAUAUCAAGUUACACGUGACUUUGUAAAACUGUGCAAUAGUCCCUCUUUGGCCAGUUUUGGUUUUGUUUCUGUCAUGUCUAUGCAUUUCCAGUUAUUUUUUCCUUUCCUCACACUAAUCAAAGUUUGAGUUGGUAUCCCAUUGUAACAUCAGUAAAAAAUACAUAUUGUGCAUUAUACCUUAAAGAAACUUCAAAGAAAGAACUUUGGAACAACUUCAUGAGUGCAGCAAAUUACCUCUGUUUAGAAUAUCAUUUGCAUCAAUAAUCUACUACAAAAAUUGUGUGUCACAAUUUCUGUUUUGUUUAUGCUCAUGUGUACUUGUUACCCAACUAAAGAAUGACUAAACCACUGUAUAGGUUAUGACAUAUGCAAUUCUAAGUGCACAAAAAAUAAAAGAAUUGAAGCUUUUGAA